UCCACCCCAUCCCUGGCAUUAUUAAAAUUUAGCCCAAUGAAACUAUUCAUACUUUUCAAUGGACAUUUUCCUAUAGGAUAAUAGGCUACAAAUUGAGCAUCUCCCCCCUCCUCCCCGCGAAAAGAGAGCCGGGGGAGGGGGGAGAAAAGAAAGAAGCAGACGACUUGGUCAGGGACUAGGGGGGAGAGUCGCGUGCCAAAGGCCCGCGGGAGGGGCGAAGCGAGCCGGGAGCCUCGUGUGCCAGCCGCAGCCCCACACCUGCCGGGAUGUCCGGACAAAUAAAGCGGUGUAAACAAAAAGGGGGGAGAUGGACGUGUCACCAAGUCGUGUGAGAAAAGCCUGGGAACAAACGGGGCGCCUCCGUCUCCAGGAGCUCUCCCUUGAACCCGGCGGAACAGCCUAUUAAAGGCUUACUUAAUUACUUUAAUGACUCUGGACAGGCUUUAAAACGCACUCGGCGCUGGGACGGCGGGCUUGCUGGGAUUUGUAAACAGCGAUCGUGUGAGACUCAGCGGUGGGACUAAAGGAAGCGACACUGUUUUGUGAGGGUCCUCGCCCCCCGGUGCCCGCAGCCACUGCGCCCCUGCACUCUGCGCCUGCUACGGCUGCAGGCGCUCGCGGCUCCUCCGGCUCCAGUUUCUCGCUUCCUUUUCCCGAGGUGGCUGUUCCCAUGCAAAUGUUAUUCCCCGAUGGAUCACGUGUCCUUUGAAGAGCCACGUGGAUUAACAAAGCUGAUCUGCCCCCAGCUCGCCCCCCUCGGCUGCUAAUUUUUUUUUUUCUUAGCUUCUUUAAAACUGACCUUGAAUGCAUACAUGCUCCAAACGCAGAAUCCCUAAUCCUAUGGAAUAAUUCAACUCGUGAGAAUGCACUUGGCAGCCUUAGAUGACUGCUUUAUAAAGGCAGCCCCCUCGGACCUGGGAGGCUGCAGUCUACCUGGGACAUUCAAAGAGGCACACGAGGUGGAACGUGGACCAGGGCCUCGCGCCACCGCCUCUGCCGAGGGCGCACGCAGACCAGGAUGUCAGACAGGCUCAAGGAACGCAAAAGGACCCCGGUUUCUCAUAAAGUGAUAGAAAAGCGGAGGAGGGACCGAAUCAACCGCUGCUUGAACGAGCUGGGCAAGACAGUCCCCAUGGCCCUGGCGAAACAGAGUUCCGGGAAACUGGAGAAGGCGGAGAUCCUGGAGAUGACCGUUCAGUACCUCCGAGCUCUGCACUCUGCGGAUUUUCCCCGGGGAAGGGAAAAAGCAGAGCUUUUAGCAGAGUUUGCCAACUAUUUCCACUACGGUUACCACGAGUGCAUGAAGAACCUGGUGCAUUACCUCACCACGGUGGAGCGGAUGGAGACCAAAGACACCAAGUACGCGCGCAUCCUCGCCUUCCUGCAAUCUAAGGCGCGUCUGGGCUCGGAGCCCGCCUUCCCGCCGCUCUCGCUCCCGGAACCGGAUUUCUCCUAUCCCGCGGGCCCAGAGUUCGCAGGCCACAGCCCGGGCGAGGCCACCGUGUUCCCGCAGGGGGCUACUCCGGGGUCACUGCCUUGGCCUCAUGGCGCGGCCCGCAGUCCAGCCCUGUCUUACUUGUCCAGCGCGCCGCCGGUACCUCUCCCCAGCCCCGCGCAGCAGCACAGCCCCUUCUUGGCUUCGAUGCAGGGCCUGGACCGGCAUUACCUCAAUCUGAUCGGCCAUGCCCAUCCCAACGCCCUCAACCUGCACACGCCCCAGCACCCUCCCGUGCUCUGACACCCACCCACUGCCUAGAUUACUUUGUGGUUUGGUGGUGGCUUGAGACAAACCCUGUAUAUGUUGUACAUGUGUAAAUAGCGUGCCAACAAAAACUGGAUGGGAGAGCGCCAAGAGCCAAUUAGCCUUCUGAAGGACCUCCCCGACA